CGGAUCAUAACUGUGCAUGCCCCGUCUACUUCAAUUUUGUAGAGAAACCCUUAGCGUGCUGUUCACGCCCAAAUCAUAAUCUUCGCAACAAUGCAUAACAAGAUUGGUGAUUUGGUUCCCCUACUAAUUAAAACCUAUAAAUAUCUUGAGACGGAUCAAAUCUGUGUCUCUCACUAUCUGUUCAAUUCUGCAGCAAUCCCUUAGCGUGUGAUUGACGCCUAGUUUUCGAAUCCCCACAAUCCAAUCCAUAUGAAGAAGGGAACUAAGAGAAAGGCUGCUCAAGCAACCCGUAAGGAUGAAACAGCUUCUACUUCAACAGAACCUGUCACCACCAUUGAAGAACAGCAUCAGCAACAGAAUAAGGAACCCACCAAAAUUGGUCGACCAACAAAACGUUCAAGGGUUUUGAAGCCUCCUGAAUCAGAGCCUGAGUUCUUCGACGAACAACGUGAACUGGAGGAUUUAUGGAAGCAGGUUUUCCCUGUUGGAACAGAGUGGGAGCUGCUUGACUUGCUUUCUGAAUACAAGUGGAAUUUCUCAAAUCUUGAAGAUGCAUUUGAAGAGGGUGGGGUAUUACAUGGGAAAAAAGUCUAUCUCUUCAGUUGUACAGAGUUAGGUGGUAAAUCAGGAGUAAUCUUAAUACCUACAGUGGUUGCUGUUGUAUCUCCAUUUCCACCUUCUGAUAAGAUUGGAGUUAAUUCUGUACAAAGAGAGAAAGAAGCAAUUCUUGACAUGAAACGGAUGAAAAUGGAUUGGGUUCCAUAUAUUCCAUUAGGAAAACGAGGUUCUUCAGUUGAAAGACUUAAAUCUCAAAUCUUCAUUCUAAGCUGUGUCCAAAGAAGGGCUGGAUUAAAACAACUGGAUGAAUAUCGUGUCAAGGAUUUUGAAUAUUGCUUACCAUACUUUUAUCAUCCUUUUAAGGAUGAUGAGACAGAACAAAGUACUAUUGUGAACUUCAUGUAUCCCACAGAACCAAAGCCUGUUGUCUGUGAGUUUGACUGGGAGCUGGAUGAACUUGAGGAAUUCACUGAUGACCUCAUUAAAGCAGAGGAAUUGUCUGAAGAUCAGAAGGAUGCCUUUAAGGAAUUUGUCAAGGAAAAGGUUCGAGAAGGAAAGAGAGCUAAUCGCGAGGCAAGGGAAAAGAGGAAGAAUGCAAGAGAGUCGAUGAGUGAAGAGCAAAAGGCUGCAUUUGAAAGCAUCAAAUUUUAUAAAUUCUACCCUGUUAACACACCCAGCACCCCAGAUUCCGAGUGUUUAAAGAGUCCAUUCAUAAAUAGGUAUUACGGAAAGGCACAUCAAGUACUUUGACUGAAUUACCCUCAAGGCUGAUGAUAAAGAUGCAAGCUGGUUUUCUUUGGAAGACAUUAAGAGAUUUUUGUAGCGCUAUAUAUUUGUUUAUAGUUUUAGGAACUUUAACAUAUCUGAUGAAGUAGCAAUAUUACAACUUUUAUUUUGAAAACUUUAUCUACUUAUAGCAAGAUAAUCCAUCUACAAAUAGGGGUGUAAAAAAUGCUUGACAAACCCGAACCCGAAUAAGACUAAUAGGGUGGGGUUUAGUAGGGUAUGACGAUGAAAUCGGGUCAACCUGAUUAACCCGUAUCUUAAGAGGGUCGGGUUUCAGGUAGGAUGUGAUUUGUUUAUUCGGGUUUGGUCAACCCAAUUAACACGUUUUAGCCAUCAACUUUAAAAGAUUUUCAUA